CAUACCUUCGUACCUUACAUUAAGGAGCUACAAUUAUACAAGCGCAUUACGUCGCUGACGAGUCUAAAUCAAUAUUUCUUCCACCUUCAACGGAAAAUUCAAUCUUCAUAAUAUCAAAAUAUUUUUCAGUAUAGAUAUAGCGACAUACAACCAUACAGAAUCAAUUGAAUGCUCAACAUACAACCGUCUCCACAAUGUACCCCAAAAAUCAAGUAAUAUGCGUGUAAUCAAGGUGUACACUACGUGCAUACGUAUGAAAAACGACGAUCUCCGACCAACUCGUCACAUUUAAUAAUAUAUCCAUAAAACAACUAAAACAACCCCCGUGCACACACAAAUAUCCACGCCCAUCUAUCUCUGUCUAUCUCUGUCCCCUCUGGAUCGUCGUCCCUAGAUCUCCGAAAAAAGGCCCCCUUGAUUGAUAUCUAUCCAAUUCAUCCAAACUCUUCAAUGAGAAGACAUCACUCGUUUACGUCUUUUCCUUGCUCUUUGUCCCUUACUCGCUCAUGCUAUAGUCUUCGCCCUGAUUGAAAUAAAUGACAGAACAGAAAACUUGAUAUCAAAAUGCCUUCGCAGAUGACAAAAGCCACCUUGGCCGCAGCUGGCUUGUCCAGCGCGUCUAACAUUCUCGCCCAGUUCCUCGAAGCUUACCGAGACAGUCGCCCUUUUGUUUUCGAUAUUCCCAAUUUUCUACGAUUUGUUACCGUUACUUUCAUCACUGCGCCUCCGAAUUACAUGUGGCAACAAUUACUCGAGCGAAGCUUUCCCGCCUACGAGCGAAGUGCGCCCACCGGGGACAUCGAGAAACAAGGCGCGACCGGAGAAGACGAGCGAUCCAUAGGGGGCGCAGAGCAGAAGCCGAGGCUCAACUUGCGAAACACGUUCGCAAAGUGGUUCAUUGACUGCAUCACACUCGGCGCCAUAUUUAACACGGUCGCCUUUUUCGUACUGAUGGGAAUACUGAAGCGGCAGGGUCCGGAUCAAAUCGGUUACAAUAUCAGGACCGAAACUAUCCCCGUCAUCGUAGCUGGCUACAAGAUCUGGCCGUUCGCAUCUAUCAUCAGCUUCAGUUGCGUGCCGGUGGAGCGACGGAUCGUCUUCCUCAAUUUUGUGGGACUGCUGUGGGGGAUUUACAUGAGUCUCGUCGCCUCCAGAGUUUAGAGUUGUGUUGCGUUGGUUUUUCUUUGCUUUGUUGAUCACGAUCGACGCAAUCGACACAUGGUCGAGCCACGCGAGGCUGUAACACUGUACACUUGAACAGUGCACACCCCGAAUGGUUCUGGAUACAAUCAGGAUUUAUCCCCGCGGUUGUGGAUAAUUCGUGUAUUUUAUAUAUAUUCUUACAUAUCAACGGAACAAAGCUGGAUGAAUACCCCCUU